AAUUUUUUUCAGAGUAUAAAAUUUGAUGUGUUGUGUUUGGUGCGUUAUGGUUGUGGAAAAUGGAAAUUGCUUUUGGUACCAAAAAGACAAUCAACUUGAAGUAUUAUAUUGCAGUCUUUAUGAUAUUUCUGGGUAGAAUAUGUUUAGUUGAAUUCACAUGGUUUAUUACUUAAAUUUACUGCUUUGAUUGGGGUUUGAAAGUCAAAUGUACACGAUCUUACCCCUACAUUAUAGUGAGGCUGUUGUUUAAAGUUCUGGUGGCUCAUAGUUGUAGGCUUUUUAGGAGUGUUUAGUGCAAGAUGAAAUAAGCAUUAAUGAACCUAGUCCAAGCUUUGAACUUCAGCUUAAAACUUUCACAGUUCCUAGGGUUUCUAGCCAAAGCAUGAGCCCCGAGCUCAAAUCUAGCCAUUAUCCAUGCUUGUGUCUAGUUAGAUAGGGCUCAAUUGUGCUCCAUUACGUCCAGGGGCGGUGUCAGUAAGGGUUCAGUGGGUUCAACUGAACCCUUACUGGCCGGGGAAAAAACUGCCUAGGCUUAAGUAGAAGAAACAUCAAACUAUACUUAUUCAACGCAUAGAGUUAUCACAAACAAUAUUAGUGCUUCAACGGUUCUUCUGCACUACUUUCAUCCAGGCAAUCAGGGUUCGAUUCCUAGCAGAAGCAUAUUUUUACCUUUUCCCUUUACUUUUGUUGGUUUUUCUUGUACACUUCAAAAACUAGAACAAAAUUAUAUGUGUUGUAGAUCUUCCUUGCCCCAUAUUUUUUCUGUAUUAUACCACUUGAACCACCUCAAAAUGAAUAUCUAACAUCUUAAAGUGAAAUUCCAUCACCUCAAAGUGAAAAACUCGUAGUGUUUAAUUGAAAUUUGUUUUAAUGUUAUUAUAUUAGAACAUGUGUAUCAUCAAAUUAUUAGUUGUAAUUUGAAUUUCUACUAUGAAUUUUAAUUUUAUUACAUGUGUCUGAAAAUUUCGAACCCUUAGUCAGAAAUUCCUGGCACCGCCACUGAUUACGUCCCUACUUCUUAUGAAGUAAAGAUUAUUGUGUGAUCUAGGACCACCAUGUCAUUCAUGGUCCUGACCAAUAAUAAGUUGUCACGUUAGAGUGUUUUUUGCGCUAAAAAAUGAAAAAUAAUCACACCCUAAAAUAUCAAACAACUUAUAGAAAACAAUAAUUGGAACCCCUAAUACCUUUUCCUUCAUAAGCACGCACAUGUGGGACUUAAUCCAAUGUGUAUGUUAGGACAAUGGUAGUAGUCACUAUCCUAAUGCACUUUUCAUUUUUCAAGACACCCAUGAAUAAUGGAGGACUUGAGGCCACAUACCUUUGACAAAAUGACCAAAGACAAUUUAGCAAAGUUCUUUGUUUCACAUUUUUUUGUUUACAUCAAGCAUACCUUCAGAGUUUAGAUAUAUGUACGGAAGUACCCAUCUACUAAAGGUGGGUGCUUUAUCAAAUCAUAGAUUUUAGAUAUACAUAUCGACAUAUCGUUGUACAAGCUGCUUAGGUUUUCUGACUUAAUUGCAACUUUAACCGAGAGAGCAUGUUACGGCAAGAACUUCUAGAUACACACGAGAGGUUUCACAGAUUCACAAAGACAAUCUGAAAGAGACAAUAACUCUUUUGUAUUCCUAUUCCAUGUACACAAUACAGGCACAAGUUUUAGGAGAUCUUUGCUUUACAUAAAUAUGAGAUCAUAUUUUCUUUGAAAUUCUGAUUCGAAGACCAGCAAAAGUCCUUGCUGUCUUAUGUUUCAAGUCAUGGCUGAAACUUGCUCAUACCUACACAAAAAAAUAGCACUACUCUUCUUCUUUGUUGCACUUACCUUUGCUCAAGAUGAAAAGCAGUUCAUGUACAAUGGUUUCCAAGGAGCCAAACUUCAUCUCGAUGGGCUCGCAAACAUCCAUCCUAAUGGUCUUUUACAGAUGACCAACUCUUCAUUGCAGGGAAGUGGUCAUGUUUUCUAUCCACAACCUCUCAAGUUUAACACAAGUCGUUCGUUUUCCACAACUUUUGUUUUUGCCAUCAACACUGAUGUGCCUGGUCACGGUGGGCAUGGAAUAGCCUUUGUUAUCUCCUCUUCCAUGAACUUUGAUCAUGCUGUUCCUGCUGAAUAUCUAGGAAUUUUCAACAUUUCUAAUAACGGCAAUAACUCAAAUCAUGUAAUUGCUGUAGAAUUAGACACUGUUCAAAAUGCUGUAUUUAAAGAUAUCGAUGGCAAUCACGUAGGCAUUGAUAUUAAUGGCCUAGAGUCCGUUGGUUCUGCUUCAGUGGCGUACUAUUCUGAUGAAGAAAGGAAGAACAUGAGCCUGCAGCUCUCGGGUGGAACACCUAUGCAGAUUUGGAUAGAUUACGAUGGAGCCAAGAUGCUUAUGAAUGUGACAGUAGCUCCACUUAAACAUCCAAAACCAAAAAAAUAUCUCUUAUCUACUCCCGUCAAUCUUUCUCCAGCCCUCCUUGAUCCUGUGUAUGUUGGUUUCUCCUCGUCCACUGGUCUUACUGCAACUGAGCAUUACAUAUCAGGUUGGAGCUGGAGCCAAAUUGGUCAAGCUCAAGAUCUUGAUCUUACUAAGCUUCCUUCAUUCCCCAAAAUUAGAAGCCAAAGAAAAAAGCUGAAAGUUCUUUUUAUAGUAUUGAUUGUUGUUUUAUCACUGUUGUUAGAAAUGAUUGCUGGAGUUGCAUUUGCAGUGUGGAGGAAGAAGUAUGAAGAGCUGAAGGAACCAUGGGAACAGGAAUAUAUUUCCCACAGAUUUUCAUUUAAAGAUCUCUAUACUGCAACUAAGGGUUUCAAAGAUUCUGAACUUCUUGGUUUUGGAGGUUUUGGAAAAGUUUAUAAAGGUGUGAUUCCAUCUACACAAACCCAAGUUGCAGUGAAAAAGGUUUCACAUGAUUCUAGACAGGGUAUGAGAGAAUUUCUAUCAGAGAUUGUAACCAUGAGAAGGCUAAGACAUAGAAACUUGGUCCAGCUUCUAGGUUAUUGCCGAAGAAAAGGAGAGCUUCUUCUGGUGUAUGAUUACAUGCCCAAUGGAAGCCUUGACAAGUAUCUUUUCAAGAGUAAGAACUCUAACCUCUCUUGGGCUCAGAGAUUCAACAUUGCAAAGGGGGUGGCUGCUGCCCUUCUAUACCUUCAUGAGGAGUGGGAACAAGUCGUUCUUCAUCGUGAUGUAAAGGCAAGUAAUAUUCUGUUAGAUGCUGAAAUGAAUGCACGGCUUGGUGAUUUCGGGCUAGCUAGGUUGUAUGACCAUGAAAGUGAUCCCCGAAGUACUCAUGUAGUUGGAACAGUGGGAUAUCUUGCACCAGAGCUCAGUAUAACAGGAAAACCUACAACUGCUACUGAUGUGUUUUCUUUUGGUAUAUUUUUGCUUGAGGUGGCCUGUGGAAGGCGGCCAAACAGCCUGCAGGAGUUUUCUAGAGAGGACUUUGUUUUGGUUGAUUGGGUAUACGACUGCUGGAAGAAGGGAGUCAUUCUUGAGACAAGUGAUCCCACGCUGGAAGGAAAUCACCAAGUUGAAGAGAUGGAGCUUGUUUUAAAACUAGGCCUGCUGUGUUCCCAUCCUAAGCCAGAAGGAAGGCCUAGCAUGAGAAAUGUGGUUCAAUUUCUUCACGGAGAUGCAAGUCUUCCUGAUAUUCCUUCUGAUUAUGAUCAUCAAAGCAAUAGUUACUUUGGUGGGAGUUGGAGAAUAUCUAGUUCACUUCCAUCAUUAUCGUCACUUGGUAUAUCUCAUGCCACCAUAUCUAGCGAUAAUUCAGUCAUACAUAAUGGCCGAUGAGUAUCUGUAUUUUACAGUCUUAAGCAAAGUAGGUUUUGCAUUUUGUUUCUUGUAGUAAACCACAUAUAAAUGCAGAAAUAUGUCUUUGUUUCUUGAUAAGUCAGCUUUUCAAUGAAAUGUAAGACACUGAAUCUGAAAUAAAGAGUUUCCUCUGAAAUUUGCUUUUA